AUGAUACCACUUCAUAUGAUUUGGAAAGAAAAAAAAGCUAUAUAUCCAACACUGUAUUCUAUAGUAAGAAAUGUUUUUUCAGUUGUUUCUUCAUCUGUGGAAAUAGAGAGAACCUUUUCUGGUGCCAAAUUGUUGAUUACCGAUAAUCGUUCCAAAUUGGGGUGGGAAAGGAUUGAGCAAUGCGUACUUUUAAGAGAAUGGGCAAAGUCAGGCCUCCAUCACAGAAGAAAGCUGCUGCUACACCUCCAUCUGCCACUAGAGUUAUUAGGCACCAGCACUGACUUAUUAACAAACUUUAAGUUAAAGGAACAAGAACUUAAGAUGAUGGAGCUAAUGAAUAAUCAAAUGCAAAUUUUGAAAGAAUUAAGUUUCCAACCACACCGUGUUCCAUUCCCAGAAGAAUCAAAAUUUGACGGAACUAAUAGAGCCGAGUUUGACAAAAAUUGGGAUUUGUUUGAAUUCCUAUUCAGACAUCAUUUUGUUAAACCAACUAGUGCUAAUUUGCUUUCAAGUCUUCGUGGUAGUGCAAUCGAUAGAUUAAGAACUAUUGAUCCACUCAAUACUAAAUCGGUUGAAGAAAACAUCAUGGCCUUAAGAACUUACUAUCAAGAUAGCCCAAGCAUCAUCCUUGAUAGAUUCUCUACCUAUUCUAGAAAACAAAUUCAAGUCACUUGA